AUGACCUUUGUGCCCUGGAAGCGGUUACGCUCUGUGAAGCUCGCCUAUGCUAACGGAAACAACAGACCUCAUAACAUGCACCCCGAAGACAAGUUGACCGCAAGAAUAUGGAAGAAUCUUUCAGGCAAGGCUCUAGUCGAUGAGCUUGAAAAGCGUCGCCCCAAACGUUUUAGAGCUUUGGAACGCCGCUGGAAAAGGGGCAUUCCACGAAGACGAUGGAUCAACUUGAAAAAGUUCCCCAUGCGCGAAAGACAUAACACUUCUUCGAGCUUUGUCUUGUUCUCAGAACUCCCUAUCGAGCUAAGAAUCAAGAUCUGGGAGUAUAGCUUUCGCGGUCGCAAUGUUGAAGUCUGUGUGGAUUUUGAUAUCUCCGUGGGAUAUGAUUUAGAGCUUCGGAUCGAAUUCCCUAAUUAUCCACCUCGAAUUUUCCAAUGUCGCACAAUCACACCGAAUCCAACAACUCUUUUCGUCAACCACGAAAGUCGAAUGGAGACACUUAAAUGCUACUCCAACUUCCUGCCAGGUGUCUCCGACUCCCCAAUCUAUUUCAACUACCAGCUAGAUUCCUUUGCUGUUCGUCACUAUUGUUCAGGGCAUAAUAUUCGUGAAUGCGACACCAGGGAGCAACUCUCGUGGGGGAUUAGGCAUCUGAUUGAUCUUUCAACGUCGGUACCAUUGAGACCAAUCAGACCGUUGAAACUUCCGACUUACUUCAUAUAUGACUAUGGUAUCAUUGAUCCCCCCCCCGUCCAAAACCACAAGUGGGCACCUAUACUGAAAUGGAAAGAAAUUCCUCAUUCCAGAUUCCAGAUUCCAGAAGUUACUAUCUAUAAAGAACCUUUACUUCUUCCUAUUUUUUGCGAUGAGAUGAAGCAAGCAAAUGGAUCCCGGGUUCAUGAGAAUUACGAUUUGAAGGAGACUGCAGAUUGGUUUGAUUCCGAAUUUUGA